AUGGCAACCUCCGAUGGAGUCCAUCUCGAUGAAACCCGCCAAGUCAACAUCAUCGUCUGUGAUGUGUUGAUGUGGGCCUUUGCGUUCAUACUCACGGUCCUGCGUUUAUACACUCGCGGACUGCUCACCAGGGCGAUUGGCAGCGAGGACUGGGUCUUGCUGGCCGCCGUUGUUAGCUCUACCACCCUAUGCGGUGUCAUCAUCUACCAGGUCAACAAAGGACUUGGCUUGCAUUCAGAAAGAGUGCCUAUGUCAGAUUGGAUUUACCUGCGCUUGCUAAGUCAUCGCGCAGGCAGGCUGGUUGGCUAUACUGUUCAACACAAUCAGCCUUCAUCUGACCAAGAUUUCCAUCUUGUUGCUUUAUGCUCGAGUCUUUACAAAAAGGAGCUACCGCAUUGCCAUCUACAUUGCCAAUCCACGGAUUUUGGAAGCCGAGCAGCCAGACUUGUCUCAGUUCCGACUACUGGAUUAGUGUCUGUUGUUUCGUUUCUUCGACUGCAUUACUCACUUACCAAUGCAUCGUCCGACGAUCCAAUCUGGGCCAGUAUCACACCCACCUACUGGGCUUGUAUCGAGGUCAACAUGGCUAUUAUCUGCGCGUGCCUGAUGACUCUUAGGCCUUUGGUCGAGAAAUACGCGCCAAAACUUCUCCUCAGCAGAUUCUCAUCACGUCAUCAGAACCCUGGGUAUCCAAGGCAUCAAAGUGUAUCAAUUGAGACGCAUCUCACUUUACCGCAAAGACUGAGUAAUUCUUCAUGGGAACGAAUGACCACGGGUGAGUCUGUGGAUGAGCUUAUCGUUGAGGAUGGGGGCCAGAGCGCGAUCAAGUUAAGCCCUCUUGCAAAGAUCAAAGCAAUAGUUCAGAAGUUGGUCAUGUUUGCAGAGCGCCCGUUUUGCCUCAUUAUAGGCUUCUCAUCAGUACAGACCUCCACGCCAUGGAUUCUGCGACGACUGGUAACGCUACACCAGGCCUACGACCUCUGCGGCGGUCGGCUUUGGCUUGUACGCGAUGUCGCCAGCAAAAAGUUGAACUCAGUGUCUACCCAGUCUUCGAACCAUGCUAACUCAAUGGUUCAGAUGAAGUGCUCUGGCGGUAAGGCGCCAUGUGAUCGUUGCCGGAAGGCCAACAGCUAUUGCGUAUUUGAACCGCCGCAGGCGGCAGCACCAAACGGAAACGACGUCCCUGUUCAGCCCGAGAUCCAGCCGUUGAUUGUCUGCGCUACCGCACCAAUUGAAGGGCCUCCAGGGUCCAGUAAAUUUUCAGAGACAGGGCCAACUGUCAAUUACUCGACUGCUUGCUCACAGCAUGCAUCGAUAGAUGACGCUAAUUUUAAUUUCCAAGUACCUGUAUCCUUGCCUUCGUUCGACUACUCAGGCAAUGAACUGGCUCCAUCCCAGCCAAACAGCAGUGCCGGUUUCUCUCGUCGCAAAAGAAGACGAAUUUCAGACUGGCUCGAUGUGGACAACCUUGACGAUACGGACUCUGACACUAUGGUCGGCGACAAAGAUCAAGAUAUCUCUCAAGCAUCCUCGCCUUAUCAGACAGUCAAGGAGUUUGAAGCUGCCUACUGGCGGGUGAACAGUUUAGAGGGUACCAUCCCGCGAACACCGACAAGCAUAGAGCUUGGAAAACCUUUCCCACCUGAAACCAUGUUCCCCUCUUCGAUGACUGACAGAGGGCCCUUACUCUACUGUCUAGCAGAAGUUGGUAUAUGUGAGGCUGAUGCUAAAGAUAUGCUCAUACUCUUUGGCGAGAGAGUUGCGUCUUUCAUGCCCGGAUUAUAUGAUACACAGUUCUUGGAUCUUCCAAAUGAUCCACUCUACGCCCUGGCAGCAAUCAAGGUAAUGACACGGUACCUUCCCAGCGUGGACGCAUUGAGGGCCAGGGUGGACGUGGUGCUGCAAAACCUACUCCGUAACAUCCUCUUUGAUGACCUUCAAAGACCAUUUGCAGCUGUACUCGAGUCGAUGCGUGGUCUUUCUAUUCUCUAUGGCUACUCUGAGGUCACGGUAGCGCGAUCACAGAGCGACACAAGACAGUGCAGGGCAGAUGCCCUGUCGAUCAAGGGUGUAAUUGAGGGCUACGCAAUCAGGAGGAACAUCGGCAGGCCAAUACCAUCAAACGCGCUAGGCUGUGUUUUAUGGCUCUGGCUUUACACCAUGAGCACUCACUAUGUCACGUUGCUGGGCUUACCUUCAACGAUUAGUGCCGAUAAACAAUUACACAGUGCUAUAAAUGUGGUCAAGAAGUCGGUCUCACAUCCACAAAUCGAUGUGCUCCUGGGCGAAGUAGAUCUCUGCCGCAUCUCUGAGUAUCGACGAAUGGCCUUCCAUCCACCAAGAUCAGUGGAUGUACCCUACGAUCAUGAUGAGUGGCAGCGGACAUGGGGGAGGGUAGGAUCGCAAGGCCUAUCAGUCAGCCGCAGACUUUCCUUCCAUUACAAGUUUGCCCUGUUUUAUCAUCACAAGAGUCACACUGACUCUUCCAUGAAUGAAACAGAGGCGUUACUUGCAGCACAAGAGUUUAUCCGCUGCAUCACCAAGCUCUCGCCUGUUUCCAAAGGCAAUAUCAAGUACAUGUGUGAUUUUGGAUUCGUGAUGCUGGUCUAUGCCUGCUGCUACGUGCUUCAACUAUUCGAUUUCGACAAAUCAUGUGCAUUUGAGACACUACAUCGAAGCGCGUGUUUGGCCGACAUAAAGGAUGUUGCUGAUCUUUUGAAAUCGAUAUCUCCAGCUGCGGGAGCUGCUACUUCAGCCUACGGCAGAGCUUUAGAGGCUGCGUGUAACAGGCUGUCUAUGCAUGCCUUGGCCCCUGAGCACAGCAUACUCCCGAGGGAAUGGGACACCGAACGAGAGUUCGAUGCGCACACGGCGGGGUUGAUUGACAUUUUUGCUGCUGCAGGUGCAGACACGCUGCAAACAACGUCCGCUCAGCAAAGUGACGGUCCCAUGUCUGGGUUUCAGACCCUAUCGGAUCUUCCCGUUGGCGACCUGCUAGCAUCGUUAGGCAUGCCAUGGCAGUGA